AUGGAUAAAGAAAUGGAUACUAUCAAGGAGACAUCCGCACCGGCCCAGGUGUACGAAAGCCCAAUCCGUCUGCUGCCUCCCAGCAACUGCCGCGAAUUCCAUGGCAAAGGCAAGGGGCGCCUACGACCCGAGCAGGACCCCGACGAUCCGGGCGUAUACGACUGCGGCCACUACGCGGACUGCGACGAAGAGAUCGUCUUCCCAGCCUCCGCGCGACAGCAAGACUACCGCCUCACGACCAACGACCCCAUCCACGACCUCAAGCGCUGGUUGAUCACACCCAACCAGCGCGUCUCCGGCGAGGAAUGCAUACCUCGAUCUGAAGGCGCUCGCUACUUCAUCAAUGACUCGSGAUUCCUUGAGGCGCACUUUCGCGAGUGCAUCUUGUGGGCAGUCGAGGAAAUCAAGUGCAGGCAUAACGAGAUUCACGUUCAGAUCGCCUACUUCGCUGCGAGUCCGUACACUCGGGUAUUCCACCAAAACCCGAUCGUCAGCGCGUUUCCGCUCAGCGCGUUGCCCACCUUACAGACCAUGGAGGAAAAGACUCGGGUUGAACUCACAGAGAUGAUGCAGGAGAUGGCUAUCGAGUUGGAAUACCUUGGAGAGCAGGCAUGUUUCAUUCGUCGGGAAAUCUUGGGGGUCAAGUGGGAUACUGCUAAAAGGGGACAUUGGGGAGAGAUUGCGGAUCUGCUCAACUCGGGCUGGGUUGAUGUGGAACUCGUUCAGGAGGAGUGCGAUGUUUGA